UUGUCAACAUCCUGUGAAAUUCUCCAGCCCCUCCAAAAUGGCGAGCGUGGACAUCAGAGAAGGCCGGGAAGAGCCAGAGAGUGAAGAGGAGGUGUACGAGGUGGUGGAUCUGACAGAAUAUGCUCGGCGGCAUCAGUGGUGGAGCCGGGUAUUUGGUAACAACUCGGGCCCAAUAGCCGAGAAGUACUCCGUGGCAACCCAGCUCAUGAUGGGAGGGCUCACUGGAUGGUGUGCCGGUUAUGUCUUCCAGAGAGUUGGGAAGGUAGCGGCCACUGCUGUUGGUGGAGGGUUCCUCCUUUUACAGAUUGCCAAUCAUAGUGGAUACGUGCAGGUGGACUGGAAGAAGGUGGAGAAGGAUGUAAACAAAGCAAAGAAACACCUAAAGCAGAAAGCAAACAAAGCAGCCCCUGAGCUAAACACAUGCAUUGAGGAGGCCACAGAUUUUGUAAAGAGAAACAUCGUCUUGUCCAGUGGCUUUGUUGGAGGAUUUUUCCUGGGUUUGGCCUCCUAAAAGACGCUGCCCUCACUAUGCUUUCAAACACUGAAUGGACUACUUUCGUCUCCAUUAUUUACAUUUCUGCCACCUUGUGAAUUGAUCAGGUGGGUCAUUUUGACCAUUGGAUCGUGAUCUGUGGUGCAAGUUAUAUAGCGGCUGAAAUAAGUAUUUAACGUCACCAUUUUUCCUCACUAAAUUUACUUACGAAGGUGCUAUCGACCUGAAAAUUUCACCAGAUGUUGGGAACAACCCAAGUAAUCCAUACAUACAAAGAAAGUAGAGCAAAUAUGAUCAGAAAUUAAAUUAAGUGUAAAAAUGUGAAAUGACGAAGGGAAAAAGUAUUGAACACAUGACAAAAGGGAGGUGCUAAAAGGCAUGGAAAGGCAAGACAACACCUAAAAUCUAUCAAUCAAACAGCAAGCCAGCCCCUUGUCAGUACAAAUGACGAUCAUCUGGUUCAGUCCUAAUUGAUGGCCUACAAAAAGGUCUCAUUGCCAAGGUGUGAGUUAAGACACAUCUGAUGAUGGGUAAGAGAAGAGAGUUGUCUGAAGACCAUCGCAAAGUAAUUGCUGCAAAACAUAACGAUGGCAUUGUUUACAGGUGCAUAUCUAAGCUUCUGAAUGUUCCAGUUAGCACGGUUGGGGCCAUAUAACAUAAGUGGGAAGCCAAUCAUACCACCAUAAAUUUGCCUCGAUCAGGUGCUCCUCGUAAGAUUUCUGACAGAUGAGUGAAAAGAAUAAUCAGAAGAGUUGUCCAAGAGCCAUAGACCACCGGUAGAGCUUCAAAAAGACGAGAAGAAAGGAAAGGAAAAGAAGAAAGGUACUGUUGUCACAAGGAAAACUGUAACCGACUCCGCCGCCAUGGCCUGUAUGGACGCUCAUCACACAAAACCCCAUUGCUGAAAAAAAAGCAUGUGCAAGCUUGUUUAGUUUGCUGAACAACAUUUGGACAAGCCAGUUAAAUACUGGUAGAAUAGUCUAGUCAGAUGAGAGCAAAAUUGAAUUGUUGGGUGCCAUAAUACACACCACGCUAGGAGGAGAACUGUCACUGCACAUCAUAAAAACACCAUACCAACAGUGAAUUUCAGAGGUGGGAACAUAAUGGUGUGGGGCUGCUUUUCAGAAAAUGGUACUGGUAAACUUCACAUUAUUGAAGGAAGGAUGAAUGUGCAAAUGUACUGAGACAUUCCUGACAGAAAUCUGUUCCCAUGGAUGAGGAUGAUGAAAAUGAAACAAGGAUAAUGAUCCAAAAUAUAUUACGAAGGAAAGUCAAUUGGUUUCAAAGAAAAAAAAUAAAGCUAGAAUGGCCCAGCCAUUCACCUCACUUAAAUCCAAUGCAAAAUCUAUGGAAAGAACUGAAACUCAAGGUCCAUAAAAGAAGCCCAAAGAACCUACAAGAUUUGAAGACUGCUUAUGUGGAGUAAGCACAGGAGGCAUCCUAAACAGAUGCCCGAGCCACCUCAUCUGGCUUCUCUCAAUGCGGAGGAGCAGCGGCUCUACUCUGAACCCCUCCCAGAUGACCAAGCUUCUCACCCUAACCCUUGCGGAGGUAAUACAUUUUGGCCGCUUGUAUCCGGGAUCUUGUUCUUUCGGUCACGACCCAGAGCUCUUGACCAUAGGUGAGGGUAGGAACGUAAAUCGAGAGCUUCGCCUUUCGGCUUAGCUCCUUCUUUACCACAACGGACCGAUACUAAGCCCGCAUCACUGCAGACGCUGCACCUCACCACCUGUCGAUCUCCCGUUCUAUUCUUCCCUCACUCGUGAACAAAAACCCAAAAUAUUUGAACUCCACCACUUGGGGCAGGACCUCAUCCUCGACCUGGACAGGGCCCUCCACCCUUUUCCGACUGAGGACCAUGUCAGUCGGAAAACUGACAUGGUCCUCAGUUGGAGGUGCCGAUUCUCAUCCCAGCUGCUUCACACUCGGCUUCAAAACGCUCCAGUGAGAGUUGGAGAUCACGGCUUAAUGAAGCCAACAGAACUACAUCAUUUGCAAAAAGCAGAAAUGCAAUACUGAGGCCACCAAACCGGACCCCCUCUACGCCUCGCCUCAGCUGCGCCUAGAAAUUCUGUCCUGUUAUGAACAGAAUCAGUGACAAAGGGCAGCCUUGGCGGAGUCCAACCCUCACCAGAAACGAGUCCGACUUACUGCCGGCAAUGUGGACCAAACUCUGACAGUGGUCGAACAGGGACCGGACAGCCUGUAUUAGUGGGUUUGCAACCCCAUACUCACAAAGCACCCCCCACAGGACUCCCCGAGGGACACGGUCGAACGCCUUCUCCAAGUCCACAAAACACAUGUAGACUGGUUAGGCGAACUCCCAUGCACCCUCGAGGACCCUGCCGAGGGUGUAGAGCUGGUCCACUGUUCCACGGCCAGGAUGAAAACCACCCUGGUCCUCCUGGAUCUGAGAUUUGACUUACUGAUGGACCCUCCUCUCCAGCACCCCUGAAUAGACCUUACCAGGGAGUCUGAGGAGUGUUUUCCCCAUGUAGUUGGAACACACGCUCCGGUCCCCCUUUUUAAAAAGAGUGACCAAAUUUAAUUUCUGAUCUUAUUUGUUCUAUUUUUCUUUGUAUGUGUGGAUUACUUGGGUUGUCCCCAACAUCUGGUGAAAAUUUCUGGUCAAUAGCACGUUUGUAAGUAUAUUUAGUGAGAAAAAUUGUGAUGUGUUAAAUACUUAUUUCAGCCGUUGUAUAUUUUCUUUUACGGUUGAAAAUUACCAAACUGAACAUUAUUCCUUAGUAGUGUGUGGCUGAGAUGCUGGAUUAUACUUCUCACUUUUGUCUUAAUCCCAAAUAUUUGUAGACUUUUAUGUUAAAAUGUGUCUAGCUUCAGUUGCAUGGUAAACACUGACCCUUUGCCAAAUGUUAAUUUACAUUGUACUGUGUACAACGCAUGAAGUGCAAUCAUUAAUCUCUGUUCUGACUUUCAGUUUGUCCCAUGUGGGGUUGCCACAGCAAGUCACUAUCAUUUUGUUUGGACAGUUUUUACGCCAGAUUUCUUUCCUGACACAACCCACCCAUUGUAUUUCUCAUCCAGGGUAGGUAUUGGGGCACUGGCCAGAAAUCUCAACCACGCUGCCUGCACGCAUUUACCACUACACUACCAGCGCAAUCACAGCUGUGUUGAAUCUAUUCAUUUGAAACCUUACACAGAGUGCCAAUAGUACAUCUAUUUUAUCUUGUCCUCAACAUCCCAUUACAGCUUAAUGGCAGGAUGAGCAUCUCUGGAUGUCAUAAACAGUCAGACUUAGUAGUGACUGAUUUCAUCCAGCAUUUACACCAGCUAUUGACACAUUAGACACUGAAAUAGGACAUCCAUCUGUAAUGUUUUUGUUUUUUUGCCAUAUUCUAUUGCUGUAACAUGUUUCAGGUUAUUGUACUGUGGUUCCAUGUUAAUUUGUGAUCUGCCGCAAUGUUUUUAUUGUAGACAGCUUGACAAAAAACAAAUUGGGCUCCUUAUUUUAAAUGCAUUAUUUUUCUGAGAUUAAUAAAGUAUAUUAUGCGUUUUA